AUGCAGUAUGGCCUCGACUCUGCCUGCCUCGCCAGUCUGCAAGCCAUGCCCGGCUUCCUGCGAGUCUUUGGCUAUCCCAAUCCUAACCUCACGGGAGGUUACGGGAUCGACGGAACCUUUCAACAACUGAUCGGCUCGCUCCUCACCCUCGGCGCCUUCCUCUCGUCCAUAUUCGCCGGCGCCUUCGCCCACUUCUUCGGCCGCAAGCCCGCCCUCUGGCUCGCCUGCCUCCUGACCGCCCUGGGGGCCGCCAUCCAGAUCGGCACCACCAGCUGGGGCGUCGUCUACCUGGGCCGCCUGGUCCUCGGCGUCGGAAACGGCUUUCUCGUCACCUUUUCCAACAUCUACUGCGCCGAGGCGGCGCCCGCCCACCUCCGCGCCGUCCUGGUCGCCCUGUUCUCCGAGUGGGUCAACAUCGGCAGCAUCGUCGGCGCCGCGGUGACCAACGCGACGUCCAGGUUCCUCGACAAGUCGUCCUACCAGAUCCCCCUGGGCAUCCAGUUCAUCGUCCCCGCCGUGCUGAGCGCCGGGCUCUUCUUCGUGCCCGAGUCGCCUCGCUACCUGGUGAACAAGGGGCGGCUGGACGAGGGGCGGAAGGCGCUGGAGGUGCUGCGGAGCGACUCGCUUGACGAGGAGCAGUUCGAGCUGGAGUGGGUCGAGAUGGUGAAGGGGAUCGAGGAGGAGAGAAAGCUCGCCAGCUCCGUCGGACCGCUCGACAUGUUCAGGGGUAAUAACAGGAGCAACUUGCGUCGGACAUUGCUAUGUUUCGGGGUCAUUGCGACUCAAACUGAAAGUGGCGCGUGGUUCCUCAUCAGCUACACCACCUACUUCCUGGUCGUCGCUGGUCUCGGCGUUGACGAGGCCUUCAAGUAUUCUGUCAUGCAGACCUGCCUCGGCUUCAUCGGCGUGAACGUGGGCAUCUACCUGAUGCGGCAUGUCGUUGGACGGAGGAGCAUCAUGAUGAUCGGUUCUUUGACGCAAGGUCUGUGUAUGCUGAUCGUCGCCGUCACGGCUACAACCUCGGCGGGCACCCUCGUCGCGCGGAACUGCCUCAUCGCCUUCACCUCGCUGUACAUGUUUUCGUACAACGCUUUCGUCGGAGCUGCGAGCUACCCUGUUGCGACCGAGGUGGUGAGCACGAGGCUGAGGACCUGGACGGUGGGAUCUGCCAUCAGCCUCGGGUACUUCCUUGCGUGGCUGACUGGGUUCUGCUCCCCUUACUUUAUCAACCCCGAGAAUCUGAACUGGGGGGCACGGUACGGUUACAUCUGGGCCGGAUCAAACCUUGCGUGCGGUAUCUUCUUCUUCCUCUUUCUUCCCGAGCUGAAGGGGCGCACCCUCGAGGAGAUUGACGAGCUCUUUGAGAGAAGGGUUCCCGCAUGGAAGUUCAAGACGACCAAAACUAACAUCUCGGAGGCCGCCCUCAAGGAGGUGCGUAACAGGGGAGUUGGGUCGACCGAACCGAAGGAGCUGGCGGAGCCCGUCGAGCUCAUCGAAACUGCACAUAAAUAA